AUGAUCCAAGUAAAAAAUGCGCAGGAAAAUUAUGAAAAGCUUCAAGAGCAAAAAGCUAUCGAGAUCGAGGAUCGGCGAAGGGCCAUGGAGAGUAGGAGCGCGAAGAAGAGGCAUUUACGCGAAUUGCAGAUAGAACGGAAGCAAGCAGAGCGUACUCAUCGGCUAGCCAAAGAACUCGCACGUCGUAAACAUAUCGAAUUGCAAGAGUCUGUCAAAAACAGGAAAGCAAAAUCUGCUGCGUCACCUGUUACAAACGAAGAUUUACUUAGGAUAAAGGCUGAAUUUAUGAAACUGAAGGAACAAGAUAAAGAGAUCAAGGGAUCGAAAUUGUCAAGUCCGUGGAAUUUUAAAGACGACUCAGCGGAGAAGGAGCAGGAGAAGAAAUUCAGUUACAAACGAGAUCUACAGAAUCAGAUGAUCGACAAUCGACGCAGACAGCGUGAGAAAGAAGAAGAGAAGCAUCGCGAGCGGAAGAUAUUGGAAGAGGUAGGACAGACUAUGCACAAAGAAGAUUUGCAAGCUGAGAAAAAGAAGAAGGACACCGUUGCUUUGUUGCAAGCUGAGAAGGAGGCUUUUCUGAAGGCUCGACAAUUUUGGAAGGAGAAGAGAAGGGAGGUGUUGAAGCAGGAACACGACGAGAUCGCGAGGAUCGUUGCUAAGAAGGAAGCUCAGCAAAAGAAGGAUGCUGAGGGGAAGAGUGAUACUCGUGCAGCGAAAGACGCUCUGAUGGAAAAAAUGGCUAAGAAGCUGAUGGACGAGGAAAGAAAAAAACGUGAAAGAGAAGAGAUUUGUCGGGAACUAUAUUUAGCAGAAAAGGAGAACGAAUUGGCGAACGAAGAAGUUAGAGCAGCAAUAAAAAAGAAACAUACUGCUAGAGAGCUUCUUCAAGACAUGGCGAGGAGUCAGAAAGCUAUUGCAGCUAGAAAGGCAAAAGAAGGCGAGAUCGACGCUGCUUUCGCUAAAUACUUAGCGGACGAACGGAAGAGACAGGAGGAAAAGGAUAGAUCAAAGGAGAAAGAACGUCGCGAAAAAAUUAUUCAAUAUGGAAACGAAUUACGAGUGACUAUAACGAAGAACAGAAUGGACAGCGACGAGAAGAAACGGAAGAAGAAAUGUUACUCCGAGUCGACUCUCGAAACGUGGAAAUCUCAAGAAGGAAAGAAUAGUUUGCUUUAA